UAACAAGAGGCAAUGUCAAGAUGAUCCUGUUAUGGGUUACACUGCUUUUUCUUCAUCAAGGCUAUACGCUGGUUCCAGUGAACACAGUUCAACUUGGUGAACCUGCGACCAUCACGUGUGCUCUGCCUAAGAUUGAUCAUUUUCGUAGACGGCUCCACUGGUACAAGCAGAGUGCCGGGGAGACGCUGACAUUAAUUGUGACACUGCUUGAUUCCACAAAACCUGCGUAUGCACCAGACUUUUCUGAAUCAAUACUGAAGGUAAAUAAUCAUGACAAUUUUAGCAAGCUGACCAUUCUGAGGACAAUCGAAGAAGAUGAGGGGAUGUAUCACUGUUCAAUCAUGGCGUGGCUUAUAAAUCCUAAAUGGAGUGGGACGUAUUUGUUACUAAAAGGAAACACUCAAAGGAGAUCAAACUAUUCUGUUCAGCGGCCGACGACGUCUGAUCCAGUUCUUCCAGGAGACUCGAUGAUUCUUCGGUGUUCAGACCUCUCUGACUCGGAGAAGAAAAUGUGUUCAGGAGAUCACAGCGUGUUCUGCUUCAGAGCCAGAUCAGAUGAAUCUCAUCCAAACAUCAUCUACACUGAUGUAAGAAGACAUGAUGAAUGUGAGAAGAGAUCUGACACUCAGAAGAGUUGUGUUUAUCGCUUCUCCAAGAACUUCAGCUCCUCUGACGCGGGAACGUACUACUGCGCCGUGGCCACAUGUGAGCAAACAGCAAGUUUUGAAUGUAUUGCCCUGGUGAUAGCAAUAGUCUGCUUGGUCAUUUCUAUGAUUGGAAACAUUGUUUUCAUCUGUUGCUUAACUUCAAGGGCAUGUAAAGAAAGCGUCACUUCACAAGCCAGAUAUGACGCCUUCAGCCAACCAGGACAUGAUAUUACGGAAGGUGGACAUGAUCUAAACUACUCUGCGUUGCAUUUCACUCGAAGGAAAUCUACAAGAGGGAUAAAGAAGAAAGAGUUCAAGACUGAAGAAAGAAUCCAAGCUGCAAGAAAUGUAUUUUAUGUGACAAUGAACAUAUCACUGUUAUAUGUACUUUCUUCACUGAUAAUCACUCGUGCCAGAGUACAGACAGUCCUGUGGUAACUCCCUGUUAUUCCUCCAUCUUUUAGCUUUUUGUGAGGGGAAAUCCAGCACUACAUAGUUCAGUUGCACUUCACCAUCCUGCAAAUGAAAAUAAGGAUUACCACAACCAAUUAGACGUAAUAAUCAACAUUAAAAGUUGUUGUAUCCAGAUCGCUGAUUCUGUUGUGUUUGGUGAGGAGCUGUAUCUGAUUAGUGUUAUUUAACAGAGGAAAAAAUAACAAGCUACAUUAAUUUACAAUAAUAUUUAUGACUCUUUUCUAUCAGGAGGAAAGGAGGAAGUAGUGUUAUGUUAUAGAGGCACAGUCUGCAGACAGAGGAGGUCGCGGUGGGCAUCAGACUUUAACGCAGGACAUCUCUGUUCUGUUUCCCAUGAUUUCUUUUUUUUUAAUAAAUAUAUCCAACUUUUCCUUGUGUUUA